AUGGUGGCAACUGGAGAUAUGGGACUCAGGUGCCUGCUGCAUGCCACAGCUCUUCGUGUCCUGAUGGUCUGGUCAGUGGUACAACUGCAGAAUGUUUCAGCAUCCUGCCCUCAAUGCAGUGAAAAUGCUGACUGUUAUAACAGCACCCACUGCAUUUGCAAAGACGGAUUCUGGACAGGACCGGAUAGUAGAAUAAUUAUUGAGCCACAUGUGAAAUGUGAAGAUAUUGAUGAGUGUCAAUUGGGGAUACCAGUGUGUAAGGAUGUGUCAUAUUGUAAAAAUAAAAUCGGGACUUACAUAUGCAGCUGUGUAGUAAAUUAUCGUAUCUUCAACUGGGUAGCUGGCAUUGUUGAUAUUGAAAAUCCUGAAUGUUAUGUGAACAAAGGGAAGGAAACAGGAACACAAGCAGAUAUUUGGGGAUAUUGGAGUGGACAUGAAUCCAAAAAGAACUUUGCAAAAAAAGCUACCAGAGUACUUCACCAAGUGGAACUCCAUGUAUUGAAUGAAAACUCAGCUGCGCCAACAAAGGGUGAAAAUUCUUCACUGGGUAUAGUGUAUGAAACCAAGAGGUGCAACAGUAUGAUUCUUCUGGAAGCUGGAAAUAACACGAUGAAGAUCGACUGUGAUAGUGCUCUCAAAGGAAACAAGAGUGGAGAUGAGACUGCAGUUGCUCUUAUUGCAUAUCAGUCCCUUGGGAAGUAUCUAAAUGGAUCCUUUUUUAAUAAGGAAGGGAUUCAGGAAGUAAAGUUGAACUCUCUUAUUGUGAGUGGCGCCAUUCAUUCAGAAGUCAAACCAGUCCUCUCUGAACCUGUACUCCUAACUUUACAAAAUACUCAGCCCAUUGACCCAAGAGCAGAGCAUAUCUGUGUCCAUUGGGAAGGAUCAGAGGAAGGGGGCAGCUGGUCCACUAAGGGCUGCUCUCACAUGCACACCAAUGACUCCUACACCACCUGCAAGUGUUUCCACCUGUCCAGCUUUGCUGUGCUCAUGGCUCUAUCCCUCGAGGAGGACUCUGUGCUUUCUGCACUCUCUGUGAUCACCUAUGUGGGACUGAGUCUUUCUCUCUUGUGCCUAUUCCUGGCGGCUGUCACCUUUCUCUUGUGCCGGCCCAUCCAGAACAUCAGCACUACACUCCACCUGCAGCUCUCCAUUUGCCUCUUCCUGGCCGAUCUCCUCUUCCUCACAGGCAUCAACAGAACUGAGCCUAAGAUACUAUGCUCCCUCAUUGCCGGAAUGUUGCACUACCUCUACUUGGCUUCCUUCAUGUGGAUGUUUCUGGAAGGACUACACCUUUUUCUCACUGUGAGGAAUCUCAAAGUGGCCAACUACAGCAGCUCAGGAAGAUUUAAGAAGAGGUUCAUGUAUCCUGUAGGCUACGGAAUCCCUGCUUUUAUUGUCACCGUGUCUGCGAUAACCGGCCAUGAAAAUUAUGGAACACAUACCCACUGCUGGCUCAGCCUUCAUAGAGCAUUCAUCUGGAGCUUCUUGGGGCCAGUGGCAGCCAUUAUCCUGAUAAACCUGGUGUUCUACUUUCAGACUAUGUGGAUUUUGAGAAGCAAGCUUUCUUCCCUCAAUAAAGAAGUUUCUACUCUUCAGGAUACCAAGGUCAUGACAUUUAAAGCCAUUGUUCAGCUAUUUGUAUUGGGAUGUUCUUGGGGCAUUGGCUUAUUUAUGGUCUUUGAAUUCGGGAAGACAGUUAGAUUGAUCAUUGCCUAUCUAUUUACCAUCAUCAAUGUCCUGCAGGGGGUUUUGAUAUUUGUGGUACACUGUCUGCUUAAUCGCCAGGUGCGAAUGGAAUAUAAAAAGUGGUUUCAUAAGAUGCAGAAAAGUGCUGAAAUUGAAAGCACUGAGAUGUCUUAUUCCACCACCCACACCAAAAUGGUAAGCUCAACUCCCAAGAGUCGAUAUGGCCUGAUAUGA